GGAGUGUGUGUCCAACUUGGUCUUGGGUUCUCUGCUUGUCUCUCUUAAACGUCACGAUGGAGCGACAGCACCGAGACCUGUUAGCGUCAUCCAGCAGCGCCAGGCGGCCUGUCUAAAGGUGAUGGUGGUGUGCUGAGCCCGACCGAUUCUGGCCAAGCUCAUGGCCCUGCGGGUACUGACCCGUGCUCUUGGCUCUCUGAGCCUGACGCCCCGGAUCGCCGCUGUCCCCGACCCGAGCCUGCUACUGGCCACGCAGACCGAUGGUUUGCAGAUGCAUGCUUAAAAUUCAAAACCAAACCAACCUACUCUGUGAAAUGCUGGAAAUACAGCAGGGAACAAGACAUAAAUGAUCUCGCUCCAUUCAUAUCUGGAAAACUCAGAAACAAUGCAACAAAAUGGGCAAAAGGCAUUGGUGCUGAUGGUGGUACAUGGAUGUGUGGAACUUACCAGCCCUGGAGAAGGGAGUUGUUUAGGGAAGGAAAAGUUUCUUGGAGAAGGAGAGUUUUGAGCCAAAUUUGGAAGAAGAUGCACCAAGGGAGAACAUUCCAUUGAAGAAAUACUUCAGAGGUGACAAAUAAUGUUCUCCUUCCGCUGCCCUCUGCCUCGAUGUUGCUUCCCUGUCGCCCAUUCCUUACCUCUGUGGCCCUUAGCGCUAAGUUUGUGUCCUGGAAGAGUCGUACCAAGUAUACCAUUAUGCCAGUGAAGAUGAGGAAGUCUGGGGGCCGAAACCACAAAGGCCAAAUCCAAGUGCAUGGUAUUGGCGGGGGCCACAAGCAGCGUUAUCGCAUGAUUGACUUUCUGCGGUUCCGACCCGAGCAGGAAUCCAAGCCAGGACCCUUUGAGGAGAAGAUCAUCACCGUCCGCUAUGAUCCCUGUAGGUCAGCAGAUAUAGCUCUGGUUGCUGGGGGUAACCGGAAACGCUGGAUCAUUGCCACAGAAAACAUGCAGGCUGGAGAUAUAAUCCUGAACUCUGACCACAUAAGCCGAAUGGCAGUCGCUGCUCGGGAAGGGGAUGCCCAUCCUCUUGGGGCUUUGCCAGUGGGGACCCUCGUCAACAAUGUGGAGAGUGAGCCAGGCCGGGGGGCCCAGUAUAUUAGAGCUGCAGGAACCUGCGGUGUGCUGCUACGGAAGGUGAAUGGGACGGCUAUCAUCCAGCUGCCAUCCAAGAGACAGAUGCAGGUGCUGGAAACGUGCAUAGCAACAGUAGGCCGCGUAUCCAACGUUGAUCAUAACAAACGGGUCAUCGGCAAGGCCGGGCGGAACCGCUGGCUGGGCAAGAGGCCUAACAGCGGACGAUGGCACCGCAAGGGGGGCUGGGCUGGCCGAAAGAUUCGGCCGCUGCCCCCCAUGAAGAGUUAUGUGAAGCUGCCCUCAGCUGCUGCCCAAAGCUGAUAUCCCUGGACUCUAAUAAAGUGGCCCCUAUUUUCA